UCUAUGUAGUAUUUAUCUCACAAGCAAAAAUGAAGGAAAUUGUCUUAAUUUUCCUUAUAUUUUCCUUAGUUGCGGUGCAGGCUGACAGGGAUUGGUAUAAAAUCAUACCUGCUCAUAGUAAAGAUUCCACAAGCCUCCAUCAGCUUGCAUCCUCUGAAGAUGUAAGGAUCGUGGGAGGGAGUGAAGCUGCACCAAACUCUUUACCAUACCAGGCCGCUUUGAGUCUUAUUUUCAAUGGAACAAGCGGUUUCUGUGGAGGAUCUCUUAUUACCAGAAGAUACGUGUUAACUGCUGCGCACUGUUUGGUGAACGAACUUGUAUCGGUGGUAGUAGUUCUGGGGGCGCAUAACAUAACUUUUCGUGAAACUACCCAGCAACGCAUUCGAACCUCCACGUUUAAAGUACAUGAAGAGUUUAAUAAUGAAACACUGGAGAAUGAUUUAGGCAUCGUCUAUCUUCCAACACCAGCCAAACUCAAUCGGUACGUUCAGCUGAUUGCACUUCCUACUAGAGAUGAUGCUGACAAUGAUUUCGUGGGGUCUGAGGCAAUAACAAGCGGUUGGGGAUACAAUACUACAUCCGCUACCGAUAUUAGUCAUGUGUUGCAAUAUGUCAAAGUUCCCAUUAUAGAAAACGACGUGUGUAAUGCAACACUAGCGGACAUUACAGACUCAAUGAUUUGUACUGGAGGAUCGGGCAAUAAAGGGAUUUGCUUCGGAGAUUCUGGCGGACCUCUUGUUAUCAAGGGAAAAUUGGUUGGGGUAACUUCAUUUAUAGGUGAUAAUGGAUGUGACGCUGGAGAACCAAACGCCUUUUCAAGGGUAACAUCAUUCUUGGACUGGAUCUCAGAAAAUAGUGAUGCUGUUAUCCGUUAAAUGUUCAUUUGCUAUUGAAUGUAUAGUUACAUAUUAAUCUAUUAUAUGUUAUGCAAUCUAAAAA